CAAAUGCGCGUCACAUUUUUGAUCGUCGCGCUUGACUGGUUUACCGCAUCGCGCCGAGACUUCACCACCGCGUACCUGAGAAAAUUUCCGUGACGUAGGUACUAAACAUGAUGUAGGUCGCCACUAAAUUUUUUUUGAUAGCACGCUUUGAAAGAGCCUUUGCAAUUAUGUCAAAAUUAGAAUUUGGACUUAUCCAGCGAUGGAUGCAGACGAGGCGCUUCGCCUAAUACAAGACGCGGACCAAGCAGAUCUCCCAGUAGAGGAUAUCGCUUGCUCUUCAGGCGACGAGGUAGGCGACUCGGACAACGAUUUUAUUUCGUCUGACGAGGAAGAUCGCCUGAAUGACGAUCUCUUUUCCGACUUGGAGCAAAUAGGAUCCGAUUCGGCUGACGAUAUCGCUAUUCCUGUUCCCGUCGCUGCUCGUGGACGUGGCCCUGGACGAGGCAGAGGCCAAGCAGUAGGUGUCCCCGCGCGUGGAAGAGGGCGAGGACGUGGAGCUGCGACAGGGCGAGGACAUUGAGUUGCGACAGGGCGAGGACGUGGAGCUGCAAGAGGGCGAGGACGCGGAGCUGCAAGAGGGCAAGGACGAGGACGUGGUAUACAGUACGAAAAUUGUAGUGGCUAUGAUGAUGUUGACCAGCUGCAAACCAAUACACCUGAGUUCAACAUAACUGGCACUGGUUUGAACCUACCUGAUAAUUUCGCUCCAACAUGUGAACUUGAUUUCUUCAAACUAUAUUUCCCGGACGAAGUUGUGGAUUCAAUUGUCAAGUUUACAAAUUUGUAUGCGCACGAGCAUAUCGCUGAAAAAAAGACGUACCAGACGGAUGGUGUGUGGAAGGAGACCAACCGUAAUGAGUUUUACGGCCUCCUUGCAUUUCUCUUCUUCCAGGGAUUUCAUCCUCUGCCUGCGACGAGGGACUACUGGCGCGUUACGUCGUUGUACAACGGAAACUAUGCACGCUGCAUGAUUCGAACCUACCGGAGGUACUUAGCGCUGAUGUGCUUCAUCAAGAUUGUGGACUUCAGGGCAGAGGAUAUAAAUGAUCGACUUCGUAAGGUGCGAUACCUUCACGACCAUCUGCAGGCGGCCUGCAAGCGUUUGUUCAUCCCUGGCAAGUGCGUUAGUGUUGACGAGCGCAUGGUCAAGUGCAAGGGACGCGCUCCUUUUACGCAGUAUAUGCCCAAAAAGCCCGUCAAAUGGGGCUUCAAGGUCUUCGCUGCCUGCGACGCCCAAAGCUCCAUUGUUGUAAACUUUGAAGUUUACACAGGCCAGCAACCUGGAGGUGAAAAUGGCCUGACUCAUGCUGUGGUGAUGCGGCUGGUCAGUGACGUGCGCGCCGGAAGUGUGAUCUACACGGACAAUUUUUACACUUCCGAAACCCUGGCCACAUCUCUUCGUACCAAGCAAAUAUCGUUGGUUGGCACCGUCCGCGCGAACCGCACUGGAUUUCCAGCCGUAUUGCGGACCGACAUGAAACAGUUCGAGAAACAUGCAGAGCGAGGUGCAACACGCUAUGUUCGCAACGGAGAUCACCUGUACCAGCAAUGGAAGGACAAGCGGUGUGUGUCAAUGUACAGCAACAUACAUCAGGGCCAUGAGCAUGACACAGUAACAAGAAAUGUCAAGAUUGAUGGUGCACACCAGCAAAUGGAAGUGCAGAGGCCAAUGUGCAUCAGAGACUACAACAGCAGCAUGGGUGGAGUCGACACGUUCGAUCAGCUGAUCGAAACGCACCGUGUGCUUCGCAAAACGAAGAAAUACUGGAAGAGUCUCUUCUUGGAUAUGGUCGACGUGUGCGCUGUCAAUGCAUACCGCCUCUUUCACUUGUGGCAGAGCCAGCAUCCAGGGGUGAUAAGUCGACGAUGCAACUUGCAGCACUCGGAUUUCCGCUGUAACCUCAUCCGGCAGCUGUCAUCGAUUGAUGAGCAUGCACCGCCACCGAAGCGCUCGUAUCGCCCAGUGCCUGUUCCGCAGGAUGUCCAGGUUCCUGUUGCUCAGCUUCACAUACCUGGAGUGAGGAAAAGGAAGAACUGCAGAAACUGCACAGAAGUGGGUAACAAGCAGCACCAGUGUGUAACCUACUGCACUACGUGCGAUGUUCACCUCCACAUCACGAGCGACCACGACUGCUACGCCGCUUACCAUGCACGCCACUUCCCGUGAAGGAUAUCUUAUCUCAGUGCUCAUCGCAUCAACAGCACUGUCAUGUGGAUGCAAACGUGGAAACUCCAGCCCAAUUUAGACAAGACAGAAGCCAUGUAUAUUUCUUCAUCCCCUCCUGAUCAACCAUUAUUCUUCCCUGACUCGACUAUGCCUAUCCGUGUUGUUACUCAGCACAAACAUCUAGGUGUGAUGUUUGACUGCAAACUCUCUUGGGCUGCACAUGUCAACUGUGUAUGCAAGCGAACCAGUUCAGCCUUAGGGGUACUACAAUCACAUUGCACUCAUUUGCCCAUCCAGUGUAAACUAUUAUUUUAUCAGUGCUAUAUUCUCCCUAUAUUCGACUAUUGCGAUACCGCUUGGUGUGGCCUUUCUGACACAACUCUGAGCCAAUUAGAAGUCCACCAUAGAUUUAUACUUAAAAUUCUUUACAACAAGGAUCGAUGUUUUCCUUCGGAUGCCCUUUAUCGACUUGCACACACUUCUCCUCUCUCCGUUCGUCAUAAGCACCAUCUCUGUACACUGGUUCAUAAGAUAUUUCUUCAUAAAACCCCUUCACACAUGAUGAAGUACAAUUGGUUUUCGACAAGCUCAACCCGUAACGCGCUCACCCUGCCUUUUGUUAAGUCAGCCCAGUAUCUAAAGUCCCCUUUGUUUUCCGGCUACUCUCAUUGGUUAUCAUUACCAUACGGUCUGAAAACUUGUUCUUCUAUUGGUCAGUUUAAAGAUCUACUAUCACAACUGAACUAGACGCAAUAAUUAUCAUCGAAGAACAUUCUCGAAUACCUG